CUUGAAUCAGAGCCUUUCAGGUCAGUCUGCACAUAACAGACAGGGAGGCCAAGGCAGAGUGUGCAGAUGUUGACUGGUGUUCUUUCCAUGAAUUUUUUCUCAAGCCUUACUCCCGAUGACAGCUGGUUUUGUGCAUCAGACACAGUGGUCAUGAAAAGGGAUGACCUGAUUAGGAUCAACCAGCAAAGUCAGGACAAAAAUCUGAAUCAGGAUUUUAUGAAAAAUAACAAGACAUCAGCUCUCAAGAGAAUUGAAUUAAGAAAAACACUUAGUUUAAAUUCCAGCCGUAUUCCAACACUGAUUAUUAAAAAGGGAACCUAUUCACGAUUGAAGCCUGAGGAAUGCAAUAAAUGUCAAACUGUGUAUCCCCACAGUGGGCCUAAUCAACUACAGGCUGAAGAGAAAUUUGAUAACACUAAGAUACCUGGAAAAUCUCUCCAGUUCUGUGAGCCCUUUGGUCAGCAUGACAAGAUUCACAUCAUGAAGCAGCCAUUUGGACCCACUGGACAAGCAAAAGUCUUCACAAGAAAGAUGUAUUGUAAAUCUGAGAUGGUUCAUAUGACAGAAAACUGUAAUAAAUCAACUGUCACUUUUGGAAAAGGAACUCAAAUAGAAAAAGCUAUCCAUGAAAAUUCUAGCCUCAAUAUGCAUCAACAAACUCACACAAGAAAGAAAUUUUAUAAGUACAUUAGGUAUGUUGAACCUGUCCUUCAACAGCCACAACUUGCAAUAAAUCACAGACUCAAUACAAGGGGAAAACUCUAUAGAUGUAAACCUUGUGAAAAUUCACUCAGUUUUAAUUCACCUUAUGAAUAUAAUGACUGUGGAAAAGCCUUUGGACAAAAGUCAGUCCUAAGGAAACAUCAGCGAAUUCACACAGGGGAGAAACCUCAUGAAUGUAUUGACUGUGGAAAAGCCUUUACACAAAAGUCACACCUCAUAAACCAUCAGCGAAUUCACACAGGGGAGAAACCCCAUGAAUGUAAUUACUGUGGAAAAGCUUUUGGACACAAGUCAGACCUCAUGAAACAUCAGAGAAUUCACACAGGGGAGAAACCUCAUGAAUGUAAUGACUGUGGAAAAGCUUUUGGACACAAGUCAGACCUCAUGAAACAUCAGAGAAUUCACACAGGGGAGAAACCUCAUGAAUGUAGUGACUGUGGAAAAGCCUUUGGGCGAAAGUCAAACCUCAUCAUACACCAGCAAAUUCACACAGGGGAGAAACCUCAUAAAUGUAAUGACUGUGGAAAAGCUUUUGGACAAAAGUCAGCCCUCCUCAUACAUCAGCGAAUUCACACAGGGGAGAAACCUCAUCAAUGUAAUGACUGUGGAAAAGCCUUUGGACAAAAGUCAGACCUCAUAAUACACCAGCAAAUUCACACAGGGGAGAAACCUCAUAAAUGUAAUGACUGUGGAAAAGCCUUUGGGCGAAAGUCAGUCCUCCUCAUACAUCAGCGAAUUCACACAGGAGAGAAACCUCAUCAAUGUAAUGACUGUGGAAAAGCUUUUGGACACAAGUCAGACCUCAUGAAACAUCAGAGAAUUCACACAGGGGAGAAACCUCAUGAAUGUAGUGACUGUGGAAAAGCCUUUACACAAAAGUCAAGCCUCAUCAUGCACCAGCAAAUUCACACAGGGGAGAAACGUUAUGAAUGUAAUGACUGUGGAAAAGCCUUUGGACAAAAGUCAGACCUCUUCAUACACCAGCAAACUCAC